GAAAGGCGAAUUUAGUGAAAUAGCAACUUAGAAACAGAAAUAAAAAAUAGUUGUAAAAACACUAAGAAAGUAGUCAAAGUUAGCAUGAAAACAAUUAAAAGUAUAUGAGUCAUAUUCUCCGUUUGAGGUUUUAUAAAAAAAAACCUGGAAAACAACAGAAAUAUAGAUUACAAAUUUUUAUGUUUUUGUCAUAAGUGAAAAAAGUUAAAUUCGAAAUUAAAUAACUUAUUUUGAUGAGUACAUCAUUUUAAUGCAGAUAAAAAUUAACGAGAAAAAAGUGCUAUUGUCGAAAAAAACCAAGAAAUGGGAUUUAAUCCCAUGAUAUCGAGUGCUUUAUGCACUUGUUAUCAAUGAAAACAGUUUGAAUAUGACAUUGAAAGUGAAGUUUUCGAUAUAAAAUAAAAAUCAAAAGUGUAAGAAUCGAAAGAAAAUUUCUUCCUCGCCCACCUUAAAUAUCCGGAAAUCUUUAAUUCGUCAAACAAAACAAAGCUGAGUGUACCGGAAAUUAAGUGAGAAAAAGAAAAAGAAAUGAUAACAAGCAAGUUGCAAUAAAGAAUAAAUAAAACCCACAUGAAUGAAUAUCUAUAGUUAGUGGAAAAUUGAUAAAAGGAAAUAAUAAAGAGAAUAAAAAAGAAAAAAGCAACACAUAAUUGAUUGUGUAAAAUCGUGUGAAUGUGUUAGUGUUCAGUUGUAUAAUUAAAUAUCAAAUCUUGUUACACAUUUCACUAACACAAAAAAGAGGAAAAAACAUUCCAAAAAUAUUUCAUUCAUCGGAUUCAAGAUUUUCCACCUGAGAAAAAACUUCUUAAUACUUACAUUUUCUAUCAAGAAAAGCGAAGCAAAUGCAAAAAAUGAAGCUUCACUCAAUAUUAAAAUUUGUUCUGAUUGCUGGCAGCUUAAGCAUUGCUGACAGUAAGAGCAAUAGUGGAGGAAACCAAUCAAAUAACACAAAAAGUAUCAUAAGACAUCAAAAGACAUUUGACACGAAGCUCAAUCAUCUCGUAGUCGACAACAUCGGAGGCCGAGUUUACAUCGGUGCUGUUAAUCGAAUUUAUCAACUAACACCAGAUCUUGAUAUCAAAGUAACUGAAGUAACGGGCCCAAAAAUGGAUUCACCUGAAUGCGCACUACAUGACUGUCCUUCUCACAUCAAUCGAAAACUCACCAAUAAUACCAACAAAGUGUUAUUAAUUGAUUACAGCACAUCAAGGCUGAUUGUUUGUGGAACACUUUUUCAAGGCUUAUGUUCAGUGAGAUCAACUCAAAACAUCUCGCUCAUUGAGCAGGAAGUACAAGAAGUGGUUGUAGCAAACAAUGAAUAUGCUUCGACUGUAGCUUUUAUUGCACCAGGACCUCCUGCGCCACCUUCUACUCAUGUCAUGUACAUUGGCGUAACUUACACAAACAAUUCACCAUAUCGAAGUGAAAUUCCAGCCGUUUCGAGUCGUUCGCUUCAGAAAGACAAAAUGUUUCAAAUUGCAACGUCUCACGUAACUACUGGAACGCGAAUGUUUAUCAACAAUUACGCGAGAGAGACAUAUCCUGUGAAAUAUGUUUAUGGAUUUCCAUCAGAAAGAUUCUCUUAUUUUCUAACGUUCCAACUCAAAAAUAAUCAUCAUUCCCAGCCUAAAGAAUGGAUAAGUAAAUUGGUUCGAGUGUGCCAAGAGGAUUCAAAUUAUUAUUCAUAUACUGAGAUUCCAAUUGAAUGUGUAGGCGAAGAUGGAACAAAGUAUAAUAGCAUUCAAGCAGGUUAUCUUGGUAGACCUGGGCAAGAUUUAGCUGAAAGCUUAAAUAUUCAAACAAGUGACGAUGUUCUCUUCGCAAUCUUUUCGCGAGCAAAUGCUAACAUAACGACUAAUCGUACAGCUCUUUGUGUUUAUUCACUCAAAGCUAUUAGACGAAAGUUUAUGCAAAAUAUCAAAGCAUGCUUCAAUGGAGAUGGUUCACGAGGUUUGGAUUUUAUUUCAAAUAACAUGAAAUGUGUCGCAACAAGAUUACAAUCUUUGAGUGAAGAUUUUUGUGGUUUGGAUGUAAAUUCACCGCUUGGUGGUGAAAUGCCAGUAACAGUAACAGCAGCUGCAACAUUCAACACAGAAGUUACAUCUGUUGCAGCAACAUCAACAAGUAGCUUUUCUGUAGUUUUCAUAGGAACUUCAAAGGGACGAAUAAAGAAAUUAGUGGUAGAAAGUGGAACUGUUGCGACUGAAUAUGCCGAUGUCUCAAUUGAUGAAAAUAGUCCAAUUAAUCAAGACAUGUUCUUUGACAAAAAAGAGAUGAACAUUUACGUGAUGAGCUCUCAAAAGGUGUCAAAAGUUCGAGUACAUGAAUGUAACAUUCAUCGCACUUGUGGUGAAUGCUUAACUGCUCGUGAUCCUUAUUGUGGCUGGUGUUCAAUGGAAAAUAAAUGUACACUUCGAACGAAUUGCCAAGAUGAUGGCAAUGAUCCACUAUAUUGGGUAAAUUAUAAGAAUGGCAAAUGUACAUCAAUAACAUCAGUAACUCCACAUCAAUUACAACGAACAACAGCUAGAAAUCUUGAACUUGUCAUUGAUCAUUUACCAAACUUGAAAGAGCAUCUGGUGUGUGCUUUCACAACAAAAGAGAAAGUCAUCGUAACAAAUGCAACACGAAAUGGGAAUAUCGUUAAUUGUACAACACCUAGAACUGAUUUAUUACCGCAAAUUGAGCAAGGAAGACAUCAUUUUACAGCUCGCUUAAGUGUUCGAACAGCAAGUGGUCCUGAUCUUGUAUUCACAAAUUUCACUUUCUUCGAUUGCUCAACUCAUUUAUCUUGUACACGUUGCGUAUCGUCUCUCUUCCCAUGUGAUUGGUGUGUUGACACUCAUCGUUGUACACAUGACACUGCUGAGAAUUGUCGAAACGAUAUAAUGGUAAAUGGUGUGAACCGUAUGGGGCCCUCUUAUAGAUCAGGACCGGCAUUCUGUCCCGCAAUCAAUGUAACCGAUUUAGGUACUGAAAUUCUUGUUCCUGCUGGUGUGAAGCGUUCGGUGAAAGUGAGAGUUCACGUUAUUGGCCAUUCAAUUGUUCAAACCAGAUACGUUUGUCAGUUUAACAUUGAAGGACGAGUGUCGAGUGUAAAUGCACAACUGCUUGGUGACACAAUUUAUUGCGACUCGAUGGAAUUUAUGUAUACUUCGAAACCUCCACACAUAACUGCAACAUUUGCUGUCAUUUGGGAUGGUGCAAAACCACUCGACAAUCCUCAUAACAUUCAUGUCGUCAUUUACAGAUGUCGUGACAUGGCGGAUAGUUGUGGAAUGUGUCUUGCUCUACCUGCAAAAUAUGGAUGUGGUUGGUGCAGUUCAUCGAAUAGUUGUGAAGUGGAAGAACAAUGUAAAGGAAGUGAAGGAACUGUUGAUUGGCUUAAUCGACUUCAAACAUGUCCAAAUCCUGAAAUUCACAGCUUUUCACCUCGAACAGGUCCAUGGGAAGGCGGAACUAACAUAACAAUAAAAGGAAUCAAUUUGGGAAAGAAUUUUACUGAUAUUUACUCAGGCGUGAAGAUUGCUGGAAUUGAUUGUCUUCCAUAUCGUGAACUCUAUCUGGAUACACGUGAAAUUGUGUGUCGAGUUGAUGGUCCAGGAACAAUGGCGUAUCGUGCGGGAAGAAUAGUCGUUCAAGUUCAAGAUUAUCGUGGUGAAUCCCGCGGUGAUUUUGAGUUUGUUGAUCCAGUGAUUCAUGAUUUUGAUCCAAAAAUUGGACCGAUAUCAGGUGGAACAAGAAUUCAUAUCCGUGGCAAUCAUUUGAAUGCUGGAAGUUUAAUCAAAAGCUCAAUAAAUGGAUUAAAGUGUGAAAUACUCACGACUGAUGUUAAAGAUGCAAUUUGUCGUACAUCACCAGCUGCAAAUCUCUCAAAAGGAUUUUUAAAAAUGGAAUUUGAUUCUGGCGAACGACAAUUGAAUUCUGUUCCAUUUGAAUACGUCGCUGAUCCGAUUAUUGAUUACGCAACGUCUGGUGGAAGUGGACAAAAAAUUCCAAAAGGAAUUCCAUCGGGUGGAGUUAAAAUAACUGUCGUUGGACGUUACUUUAAGUCUAUACAACAGCCAAGCGUUUACGUUUAUCACAAUGACCGUCAAUUCAUCUCAAAAUGCCAAAUUUUAAGUGAUAAUGAGAUGGUCUGUAAUUCGCCUGUCAUCGAAAUGGAAAACAUCAAAUCAGAGUCUGAUGGACCAAGCGUAAUGAGAUUAACAAGCGAAUCCGAUUAUCAACCAUUACAAAGUUUACAAAAUUUCGGAAAUUCUUAUCGUAUGAGUGAUGCCAUUGCACUUCAGUUAAGUAACAAUCAGCAGCUUAAUGAUCCUGGUUUCAUGGCUGAUUGGUUAGCAGGCAAUGUACCAAUACAAAUUGAAUAUGGAUUCAUUAUGGACGAUGUGAAAUCAACACAAAAUUUAUCAGAAACACAAAAACCGUUUGAAUUAUAUCCAGAUCCAUUUUAUUAUAAAUUUGACGAGUUGAAAUAUUACAACAGCGAAUAUUUAACAAUUAACGGCAAGAAUUUAGAUCGUGCAUGUAAAGAAACUGAUGUUGAAGUUAAAAUUGGAGAUAAGACGUGCAACAUCACCAGUUUAUCACGCCACCAAUUGACUUGCCGUCCACCCACUGAUGGUGUCGACGAUAUGAAUGUGGUGGUAAAAAUAGGCGAAAAUCUUGUUUUCCCUAUCGGUAUUUUAAGCUACGCUCAACCAACACCUUUUGCUAAUCUUGGACGCCACACUCUCAUCAUGAUUGUCGUCGCUAUUAUUUUUGUUGUGAUUUUCAUAAUCGGCUUAUUGAUUGCCUACAAAAAGAAAACAAGCGAAUCCAAUCGUGUGUUAAAAAAUAUGCAAGAACAAAUGGAUAUCCUUGAGUUACGAGUCGCUGCUGAAUGCAAAGAAGCUUUUGCUGAACUUCAAACUGAAAUGACUGAUUUAACUGGCGAUUUAACAUCUGGCGGAAUUCCAUUCUUAAAUUAUCAGAAAUAUGCCAUGAACAUUCUCUUUCCAAAUGUCCAAGAUCAUGAUAAAUUAUUGCAAGAACGAAUGGAAUUGAUGAGAAAGGAAAAAGGAUUGAGACUGUUUGGUCAGCUAAUAAUGAACAAAACUUUUCUUCUUUUGUUUAUUCGAACUUUGGAAUCGAAUCGAUAUUUUUCAAUGCGUGAACGCGUCAAUGUUGCUUCUCUUAUCAUGAUAACACUUCAAUCUAAACUUGAAUAUUGUACUGACAUUCUUAAGACACUUCUUGCUGAGCUUAUCGAGAAGUGUAUUGAUGGUAAAUCGCAUCCGAAGUUGUUGCUUCGAAGAACUGAGUCAGUGGCUGAGAAGAUGUUAAGUGCUUGGUUCACUUUUUUGCUACAUAAGUUUUUAAAGGAAUGUGCUGGUGAGCCACUUUACAUGCUCUUUCAAGCCCUCAAAUCACAAGUUGAUAAAGGACCAGUCGAUGCAAUCACGCACGAAGCUCGUUACUCGCUGAGUGAGGAAAAACUUAUUCGACAGUUAAUCGAAUACAAACAAAUGACAAUAUACGCAAGUAUGGCACAACCACCGAUCUUUUGCAAUCAAUUAGAUAACAUGACUAGCGAGAAUGUACCAGUAAAAGUUCUUGAUUGUGACACAAUCUCGCAAGUGAAAGAAAAGAUUUUGGAUACAAUUUAUCGCGCAUGUUCGUAUAGUCAACGUCCGAAACGCGAUGAAGUCGACCUUGAAUGGCGAACUGGAAGUUCGGGUCGUGUCAUACUUUACGAUGAAGAUUCAACAUCAAAGAGUGACAGUGAAUGGAAAAAAGUGAACACUUUACAUCAUUAUCGAGUGCCUGACGGCGCUUUUCUCAGCUUAGUCUCAAAACAACAAUCAAGUAACUACAAUCUCAGCAUUUUGAGUGAGAAAAAUGAAAAGUCAGCUUACAAAUAUGAGACGCUCAACUCCUCAAAAUAUAAUUCAGCGUCACCACCAUUCAGUCGUGCUGGAUCACCACUUAAUUACGAUUCCGGUGAAAAUGGUGUUAAAUAUUGGCAUUUGGUUAAACAUCACGAUUCGGAACAGAAAGAAGGCGAACGCGCUGAUAAGCUUGUUAGUGAAAUUUAUCUCACAAGGCUUUUGGCAACAAAAGGUGCGGUUCAAAAGUUUGUCGAUGAUCUGAUCGAAACGAUCUUCAGUACAGCCCACCGUGGCUCUGCCCUUCCUCUAGCCAUAAAAUAUAUUUUUGAUUUCCUCGACGACCAAGCAAUGCUCCAUGGAAUUACUGAUCCUCAGGUUGUGCAUACAUGGAAAUCAAAUUCAUUACCACUCAGAUUUUGGGUGAAUCUCAUUAAGAAUCCGAAUUUUGUAUUUGAUGUGCAUAAAUCAAAUAUCGUUGAUUCUUGUCUUUCGGUUGUUGCUCAAACAUUCAUGGAUUCAUGCUCAACGUCUGAUCAUCGUUUGGGCAAAGAUUCACCAUCGUCUAAACUUCUCUACGCCAAAGACAUUCCAUGCUAUCGAGAGUGGGUGGAACGUUAUUAUUGUGAUAUUCGAGACAUGCCAGCCAUAAGCGAUCAAGAUAUGAAUGCAAUGCUUAAUGAAGAAUCAAGAUUGCACACAAACGAAUUCAACACAAACAACGCACUCCAUGAGCUUUAUUUGUACGCAGUGAAGUACAACGAACAACUGUCCGUGACACUCUUCGAAGAUGAAUUCUCGAAGAAGCAGAGGCUACCAUCGAAGCUUGGCCAAAUUCACAGCAUUAUGUCUUGCGAAUAGCCGGGCCGAGAAUAUUGCAAUGGAUACUCUUGAAAAGGCUUCAAAUGAUGUUAUAAUGAAAUGUUUUAAAGCAAUUGAAUAUUUAGACUACAACCUGCUCGUCGUUCGCUCGCUUAUUCGUCAUUUCGGAUAUUUUUCUGCAUGUAAUAAUUCUUGUUUUUCAUUUCUUCUUUGUUUUAUUGCUCCCUUCGAUAUUUUUUUAUGUUAAAAUAUUUUAAUACAUAUAUAUACAUAAAUAUGAUACCUAUAAAUAUUGAGAAGAAUGUCAGCGGUUUCCGCUCAGUAUCAAUCAAUGUGCAAAUAUUUAAACAAACAAACAAAAUGUUUUGUGUAUGUAUAUGAUGUUUUAAUUAUAAAUAAGAAAGAUAAUCAAUGAAUCAUCAAGAGUUUUAAUCAUAAUCUUGUUGUUCAAAAGUAAAAAAAAUUAAAAUACACACGCAUAAGAAAGCAAUGAAAAUCAAAGAGCGAAGCGUCGUCUAGCUAAUGAUAAAUUGAAAAUUAUGAACUUAAAUUCACAUUUAAGACAUUCAUUUGCAUAGGAAUGUUGAAAUGAUAUCAAAGAGGAAUAAGAAAUAACAUCAUUUCAAUUAACUUAUGGAUGAUUUAGCUUUGUUAAUAUCAGAAAUUUAAUUCUAAAAAUUACAUUUCCGGGCUUCGAUAAGAAUUUUUUUUCUUCAAAAUCGAAUCGUAUUUUUCUACUAAAUGUUUAAUUUUAACGAACAUUUGACAUUUUUAUUUAUUGUAGUGAUGAUAUGAAUGAAAUGGAUUUUAGGAUUUAAUAUUCAACUGUAAAAUGUGGAAAUAAAUUGUUCAUGUUUGUCUUGUUUACAUAUUUUGCUGCCGCUUAAUCUGUGAACUGCAAUUCAAUGAUUGUGUAUCGCUUAUCCGUGUGACCAAAAAUCAUUGUAUAGGAAAAGUAAUCGCAUCGAAUUUUUCGAAAAUGUCAGAAAAAUGAAUAUCUAUCUAAAAAUUUAUUGAACAAACAUUUAAGAAAAACAAUAAAUGCAAAGUUGUACGUGUAGCUUCUUUUUUCUAUUUUUAUACAUAAACAAAGACAAAAAAGUUUGUUCUAGAAAUUUUUGUCAUGUUUUAAACUUUUAACAUGAAAGAAACUAUUAUUCCAAUCACGAAAUUAAAGUAUUAAUGGAAAAUAAAUUAAAACAAAAAUUGUUUUACUCUAUUUUUCUAACAUUUCCAUUUAUCCUUUUUUUUCUAAUACAAGAAGUAGAUACAUGAAUAAAGAAGUUAAAUAAUUUAAAGCUUUCGAAUAAUUCUCUUAAACGGAAAAUAGAGAAAAAAAAAUGUAAAUUAUCAUCAAUAAAAAAAAGAAAACUUUAUUUGUCAAGACUGAAAAUAUUUAAUCAUUGAUAGCAAAAAGAAAACAUGAAAAAGUGAAAUUGACGCUAAAGCUCAAAAGGGUCAACACGGAUGAAAUUUUGAAUACUUGAGAAGUCAAAACAAGAAAUUCAUCUACAGAUCUUUGCAUGUGCUUGAUUUUAUUUCUCACCAUCUAUUUUGUUUGUGCGUGCAUGAGUGUAAAUUUUACCAAUAAUAUAAGAUGGAGAUUUCAUUGCAAUUGAAAGUUAGAACUUUAAAAUAUAUGCAACAAUAAUGUGGAGGUUGUAAGAAUAAGCUUUUCUCGUAACCGUUCAUUGCUAACUCAUGGAAAAAUGAAAACAUUAUUCUAAUUAGCUGUGUAUAUAAAUAGUCGCCAUGCGGGACAUCAUCAUAUUGAUAGGAUAUAAAUAAAAAUGUAUUUCAAGAAGAUUUAGGUAUCGAAUUUCGUCUCAUUCGCAAAUGGUUAGAAGAGAAAGCAACUGAAUACUCAGCGAACAAAGAAAACAUGAAUUUCUAAAUAUAAAUCUAGUUAAAAACUAAAAUCGAAAAAAAUGAAAUUUAAUUGCAUCGCGAUUAAAUGGACACGAAAGGAUCUUUUCCGAAUUUGCUGUUGCCACAAUUGAAAACAAAAAAAGCCAAAACGAGUAAGACGAUCUUGAAAUUUUCUUCCCUUCAACCCGCAAAACCCUUUGCUUACGCAUGUUAAAGAUAAAGAAAACAAAACAAAAAUAACUAAAAACUCGUUGUGAUUUAUGUAAAUUUUCGUAAUGAUAGAUUUUGUAAGGAAACAGAUCGGAAUUUAGCGCACAUUUUGUGCAUGAAAAAAUUGUAUAAAAAUGGCAACAGGAAGACAAAAGAGACUUCAUUUCUUCUGUUGAAUAUCUAAGUGUUAAUAAUGAUAAUUAUUAAAGAUUUCUAAAUCUACACACAUUACUCAUUUAAACAUAAAGAUAAAUAAAUGAACAUAUCGACUGGCGAUAUUAAUGAUAAAGUUUCAUUUAACAAACACUUGCUAGCAAAAGUUUUUCCCAUUUCUUUUAUUCUUUUGAACUUAAUGUUGAGCUUUAUUUUCGAUAAUAUUCAUAUGUACAUCUGCAUUUAUUUUAAUAAUUUAAGUUCACUUCAAUGAAAACAUUUCUUUUUUUAUUUCUCUUUUCUUGUUCACAAUUGCCGAGUGUCAUUUAAAUCAGUGAUUGUUUAAAUCAAAAAUUUAAUAAAAUAAAAAAUUUGCUAUUUUUCAUUUCAAUUCUCUUUAUUUUUUUAUAUUUUCA